AUGGAUCCCUCAAACUACAACAGCUGGACUAAACUCGGUCUGGUUGAAAGGGUACGACAGCUAGAGGCCGAACUGCAAAGGAGACCAGCGGCACCAGAACCAAAGCCUACAGCUUCGCCGCAUGGCGAUGCAGAGGCGGCGGAGGCCCCUGGGUCGACAAAGCCCAAGGUCAAGCGCAAGAUGGACCCCUCAAAGUACUCGACUCGCUUCAUCGCCCUGAAGUUGGCCUAUCUCGGUAAGAACUAUGGAGGGUUCGAAUUUCAGGCCGUGGGAAACCAGCCGACUAUCGAGGAGGAGCUUUGGAACGCCUUGACAAAGGCGUGCCUCAUCUUCCCAGAGGACGAAAAGAUUGUUGACUUUAACAUUUGCGAAUACUCCAAGUGCGGGCGCACCGAUAGAGGAGUGAGCGCAUUCGGGCAGGUCAUUGGCAUUCGCGUAAGGAGCAACAAGCCGCUGCCCAAAGAGGCCAAGCAGACAGUAGACGGAGUCGCAACGGAAGACCAGACAGAAGGCCAAGAACAGGAAGCAAAGGAGAGGCCGUUUGACCCCAUCGCAGACGAGAUACCCUAUCCCAUGGUUCUCAACAGACUACUACCUCCUGAAAUAAGGAUCUUGGCGUGGUGCCCCUCGCCGCCACCCGAUUUCUCUGCCCGCUUCUCCUGCCGCGAGCGUCAGUACCGCUACUUCUUCACGCAGCCCGCCUUUGCCCCCGAGCCUUCUGACGACGGUGGCGGCGGCGCCAAGUCUGGCUGGCUGGACAUUGCUGCAAUGCGCGACGCGGCGAAGCGCUUCGAGGGCGAGCAAGACUUUCGCAACGUGUGCAAGGUCGACCCCGCCAAGCUCAUCACCAACUGGUCGCGCACCAUUUUCGAGUCGGACAUUGUCGAGGUUCAGGACGCGGCCACUGCGCUGCCCUACGUCACCGGCGCUGGUUUCUCGCCUGCUCACCUUGAGAAAGGCGGCAAGUUUCCUCGGGUCUACUACUUUCACGUGCGCGGGUCGGCGUUUUUGUGGCACCAGAUCCGGCACAUGGUUGCGGUGCUGUUCCUCGUCGGGCAGGGCCUCGAGAAGCCGUCCAUCGUCACGGAGCUUCUUGAUGUGGACAAGUACCCGCGGAAACCGGGAUACGCCAUGGCCGACGAGGUGCCGCUCGUGCUGUGGGACUGCGUGUUUCCGGAUCUCGCAAGAGCGGACGAGGCGCCGCUGUCGGCGAGCAACAGGCAUGUUGACACGAUGCAGUGGAUCUACGCGGGGGCGGAGACUUCGUCCAAGAUGCGCACCGGCCAGUUUGGACCGUUUGGCGCGCUCGAUGGCAUGUGGAAGGUGUGGCGUGGGCAUAAAAUGGACGAGCUGCUGUCGAGCCGGCUGCUCCAGCUCAUGGCGGAGCAAGCCUCGAGCGACGGUGAUGGGGCAGAUGCUACAAAGAAGCUGUCCGAGAAGCCGCAGUCGAAUAAAAAAUCGGCGCAGAGUGUCCGGCUGUACGAGGGCGGCAACACGGGACGCCCAGCGGGCAAGUACGUGCCGAUGAAGAACAAGGAUAAGCUCGAGUCGCCGGAUGAGUUGAACGACAAGUAUGCGCGGCGCAAGGGAUUUGUGGAUGCGGCGGAUAUGCGCGCCAGACGCAACGAGGCCAAAGAUGCUGUCAUGCAAGAGGGCGACUUGUUUGAGCUGUGUAACUCUAUGAACAACCGGCGUCUUGUCAUCCCUCUGUUCCCACAGGCACUCCCUCGCCCCGCGCCAAACCGCCUCGACGAUGCGCCUCCUCGGCAGCAGCCCCGGAAACACCACCACCAAGUCCUCCUCGCCCUCGACCACCACAAUCAGGUAAUACCGGACCUCGAACCCGCGAAACGCCUCAUUCACCAGAAUAUCGCGAAUCUUUUCCGUCGGAAUGAACCUCGUCGCCGCGCCCGCAAAGUAGCUCGCCGCGCUCUCGCGCGUCUGCACACCAAGCCCGCGCAUCACCAGCAAGCUCUCCUCGGCGUGCACGCGCCGCGACAGCGUGCGCAGCACCAGCGCGGCGCCCGGGAGCAGCACCGGCAGCGGCACGGCGGCGGCGAGUCGGCGCAGGGACUGGCCCGCCGGGGAGCGGUGCAGCGCGUCGAGCGCCCAGACGAGCGUGGCCGGGGUGAAGAGGUCCUCCUGCGGGAGGGCGAGCGGCAGGGCGGGGAGCGGCGCGGCGUAGGGGGAACAGGACCAGCGCGCUUCGAGAAGGAGCACGGUGAGGAGCGAGAGGGCGAGGCGCAGGAGGACGAGCACAAGGCCCAGGAGACGAAGGGCGAGCGUGGGCGGGGGCUGCGUGGUGACGGUGAAUUCGGUGGUGGUGGGUGA